CUUUCAGCACAAGAUUGGGAUCCUUUAUUGCAAAGCAGGCCAGAGCACAGAGGAAGAGAUGUAUAACAAUGAGACGGCGGGACCGGCUUUUGAAGAAUUCCUUGAUCUUCUGGGCCAGAGAGUGCGGCUGAAAGGAUUUAGUAAAUAUCGAGCUCAGCUAGACAAUAAAACUGAUUCCACAGGCACUCACUCUCUCUAUACCACGUACAAAGACUACGAGCUUAUGUUCCAUGUGUCUACCCUCCUUCCCUACAUGCCCAGCAACCGGCAGCAGCUUCUGAGAAAAAGGCACAUAGGAAAUGACAUCGUCACCGUCGUCUUCCAAGAGCCUGGGGCACUUCCAUUUACUCCAAAAAGCAUCCGGUCUCACUUUCAGCAUGUCUUUGUCAUAGUCAGAGUGCAUAAUCCAUGUACCGAAAAUGUGUGUUAUAGUGUUGGAGUUUCCAGAUCAAAAGAUGUACCACCAUUUGGUCCACCAAUCCCCAAAGGCGUAACUUUUCCAAAGUCAGCAGUGUUUCGGGACUUCCUUUUAGCCAAAGUAAUCAAUGCAGAAAAUGCGGCCCAUAAAUCAGAAAAGUUUCGAGCAAUGGCCACUCGAACGAGGCAAGAGUACUUGAAGGACCUGGCUGAGAACUUCGUCACAACGGCCACCGUGGAUACCUCUGUGAAGUUCAGCUUCAUUACACUGGGCGCCAAGAAGAAGGAGAAAGUGAAGCCGAGGAAGGAUGCCCAUUUGUUUAGCAUUGGAGCAAUCAUGUGGCAUGUGAUAGCACGGGACUUUGGCCAGUCUGCUGACAUUGAAUGUCUCCUUGGGAUUUCCAAUGAGUUCAUAAUGUUGAUCGAAAAAGAUUCCAAGAAUGUUGUGUUUAACUGUUCCUGCAGGGAUGUUAUUGGGUGGACAUCUGGAUUAAUGAGUAUCAAAGUAUUUUAUGAAAGAGGAGAAUGUAUCCUUCUGUCCUCAAUAGACAACUGUGCUGAAGAUAUAAGAGAAGUUGUUCAACGAUUAGUAAUAGUGACGAGAGGCUGCGAGACUGUGGAAAUGACCCUGAGAAGGAACGGGCUGGGGCAGCUCGGCUUCCACGUGAAUUUCGAAGGCAUCGUCGCAGAUGUCGAGCCUUUUGGCUUUGCCUGGAAGGCCGGCCUACGCCAAGGGAGUCGCCUAGUGGAGAUCUGCAAAGUAGCUGUGGCCACGCUGACCCACGAGCAGAUGAUUGACCUACUCCGGACGUCUGUGACUGUGAAGGUGGUCAUCAUCCAGCCGCACGACGACGGCUCACCCCGGAGAGGCUGCUCCGAGCUCUGCCGGAUCCCCAUGGUGGAAUACAAGCUUGACAGCGAGGGCACCCCCUGUGAAUACAAAACCCCCUUCCGGAGAAACACCACGUGGCACCGGGUGCCCACCCCAGCCUUGCAGCCCCUCUCCAGAACCUCCCCGGUCCCUGGCACCCCCGACCGGCUACAGUGCCAGCAACUGCUCCAGCAGGCUCAGGCUGCCAUUCCUCGCAGCACCUCCUUUGACCGGAAGCUGCCCGACGGCACAAGAAGCUCGCCCAGCAACCAGUCCUCCUCCAGCGACCCGGGACCCGGCGGGAGUGGACCCUGGAGACCGCAAGUGGGCUACGACGGGUGCCAGUCUCCCCUGCUGCUUGAGCACCAGGGUUCAGGCCCUUUGGAAGGUGAUGUAGCCAGGGAGGACGCCAUGGAGGCAAGCAGGCACCCAGAAACCAAAUGGCACGGCCCACCCUCCAAAGUCCUGAGUUCCUAUAAAGAAAGAGCCUUGCAGAAAGAUGGAAGUUGCAAAGAUUCCCCCAAUAAACUUUCUCACAUUGGAGACAAAAGUUGCUCGAGUCACUCCAGCAGCAACACGCUGUCCAGCAACACCUCCAGCAACAGCGAUGACAAGCACUUUGGGUCUGGGGACCUGAUGGACCCUGAAUUGCUGGGGCUGACCUACAUCAAAGGGGCCUCCACGGACAGUGGCAUCGACACGGCCCCGUGCAUGGCCACCACUAUCCUUGGCUCCGUGCACCUGGCGGGCAGCCGGUCCCUGAUCCACAGCCGGGCUGAGCAGUGGGCUGAUGCAGCCGACGUCUCGGGCCCCGACGACGAGCCGGCCAAGUUGUACGCCGUGCAUGGCUACGCCUCGGCCAUCUCCACCAGCAGUGCUGCCGAGGGCAGCAUGGGUGAUCUCAGCGAGAUAUCUUCUCAUUCCAGUGGUUCUCACCAUUCAGGAAGUCCUUCAGCUCACUGUUCGAAAAAUACUGGGUCUCUGGAUACAUCCAAAGUCUACAUUGUGUCUCACAGCAGCGGUCCACAGGUUCCCGGGUCCAUGUCCAAGCCCUACCACAGACAAGGGUCAGUGACCAAAUAUGUCAUCGGCUGGAAGAAAUCGGAAGGCAGUCCGCCGCCUGAGGAGCCCGAAGUGACCGAGUGCCCCGGGAUGUAUAGUGAGAUGGAUGUCAUGUCCACAGCACCUCAGCAUCAGACAGUAGUGGGAGAUGCUGUUGCAGAGACUCAACAUGUUCUGUCGAAAGAAGAUUUUCUGAAGUUGAUGCUUCCUGACAGCCCCUUAGUGGAGGAGGGGAGAAGAAAGUUUUCGUUCUACGGGAACCUGUCUCCGAGGAGGUCGCUGUACCGCACGCUGUCGGAUGAGAGCAUAUGCAGCAACAGGAGGGGCUCCUCCUUCGCCAGCUCUCGAAGUUCCAUCCUGGACCAAGCCCUGCCCAACGACAUUCUGUUCAGCACGACCCCACCCUGCCAUAGCACGCUGCCUCCACGCACCCACCCCGCGCCCAGCAUGGGGAGCCUGAGAAAUGAAUUCUGGUUCUCCGACGGGUCCUUAUCGGACAAGUCCAAGUGCGCAGACCCUGGCCUGAUGCCCCUCCCGGAUACAGCCGCGGGGCUAGCUUGGACCCACCUCGUGGAUGCCGCACGGGCAUUUGAAGACCAGAGGGUGGCAUCCUUCUGCACCCUGACAGAUAUGCAGCACGGGCAGGACUUGGAAGGGGCCCAGGAGCUGCCCUUGUGUGUAGAUCCCGGGAGCAGCAAGGAGUUCAUGGACACAACUGGGGAGCGCUCACCAUCAACACUGACUGGGAAAGUCAACCAACUGGAACUGAUUCUUCGCCAGCUCCAGACUGACCUGCACAAGGAGAAGCAGGACAAGGCGGUCCUCCAGGCGGAAGUGCAGCACCUGAGACAGGACAACAUGAGGCUGCAGGAGGAGUCCCAGACCGCCACGGCCCAGCUGCGCAAAUUCACAGAGUGGUUUUUCAACACCAUCGACAAAAAACCUUAGCCAGUCCGCACCUCAUCAGGGGACCAUCGGGAAAUGCCUGUUGUCCCUUCGACGUCGCCAACGUGGUUUUUCAGUGUGCUUUCAAGCAGUCGUAGAUGUUCUUGCUGUUCCAUUCUGUGUAGCACCAUUCGCCCCAGCAGGGUAGGGACCCGUGACCCUUUCUUGGUAGCCGCAGCGAGAGCAGUGCCAGUGUGAAGAUGAAUGUAACUCCCAGAGUGAGGAUGAAUGUAAACCCUGGUGUCAGCUGAGACCUUUUUCUCUUAGACUCUGCUCAAAUGGCGCUCUGGCUCAGGCUUACCUCAAGAGGGAAAACAGUCGAGUUUUAUUUCCUAUGUAUCAGGAGACCUGGUAGAGACGUUAAAGCAAUUCACCGUAGUUUGGGCUUUAGUCUUGUAAAAUAAACAUGAAAACAAAUAAUCAGACAUAUACUUUAAUGUUAAAGGUGCUCUAUUUUUUUGGAUGUACAGUAGUUUUAUUUCCACAGCCACAUUAUCAUAGCAAUAAGAAAGGAGGCAUGGUAAAUAGUUGGGAAAGCUUUGGUGUUCAGAGGAAGCACUGAUGUGUUUAACACUAGUUCGAAUGCAGUUACCUUAGAGACUUAUUUAUUUGCAGGAAAAAAUGGUGCCUGAAUAUUAACAGUGUUCUGAUUUUUAAAAAAAACAGAUACAUAUGCCUUGUAAAUGGCUCACCAGGUUGUCAGUAGUCACGUCAACUCUUAGUUCACUUUUGUAUAGUUGCUCUGCUGAAAAACAAAACAGAGUAAAUCUGCUUACUCACUAGAACUCCCCUGCGUGCUGUGAGCCAGCAGAAUCACUUGUACAAUGCCAGAUUUGUUUAUCUUUGUACAGAAGCUCGGAUGAAGUGUCUUGUAUUUAACACCCUUAUUUAAGCUUAUUUAACCUUAAAGUGUUAAUUUUAUAAAAAUUCGGUUUGACCUGCACUAUGAUGAGGGAAGUGGCAGCAAGCUCGGAAGAGGCUGAGCUUGCCUGGAACACGCCGAGAAGCAGGUGGGAGACGCUAACAACUGGAUGCUGCUAGGAACAAGUUGUUUGUAUUGCUUUACCAUUUUUAACUGUUAUAUUUGAGAGGAACAUACAUCUUGCUUUUUUAAUAAAUGUUUAAAAGAAGUCCAUAUAAGAAA